AUGUCUGGACUACUAUACGCCUCCGGAGGCCGCGGGCUACCGCGCUAUUUUUUCCUUCACGGCAGUCACGAACGCACCAGCUUUCCGGACCAGGUCGAGGUCGAAGCCAAUGUCGUUAGUUUCUCAGGGAAUGGCAAGGUAAUCUCUGGCGAUAACAACGAACCCAUAUCCCAGAAAUACUCCUUCCUCAAUGGCGUCCUGACGCAUACGGACGGGCAAACCGAGGCGCCCAUACCUGCCAGAGAGUUUGUCGAGACAUUGCUCAAGAAUAUCAGUGUCCCUGCUUUGGUAUUAGUCGAGGUACCUCACAGUGAACAAUCAAACCCCCAAGACCCCAACGAUUCCGUUUACGUCGCCAUCUCCGUUCUCGGCCGCAGCGAUCUACGCAUCUGCGUCGGCGAAGAAAGACGCUACAUCGCGCGGAUGAUGCGCGUCUUCGCGCCCCGCUUCACACAAGCCAUGGCUCAACGAAGCGACGAAUAUCUCCCCGGCGAUGCGCAGAACCUAUGCAAAGAGAUAGCGCAUGACAUGGGGUCUUCGCUGAUAGACAACCCAAACAGUAACAGUGAUAGCGGUAGUGAGGAAGGGGCUGACGAGGACGAGGAAGAACUAGUAGGUUUCCUACACCUCUACCGACAGCGGUAUUUGGGGAAAUCGGGGACGGAGAGCGGGUAUUUGGAUAUUCUGGAGGCGUGUCUGCUGCAUGUCUUGAAGAUGCCGUUUGAGUUGGAGUCGUCGGUGCAGCAGGGGUUGAUUCGUUAUUGA